AUGGCAUUUUAUGAUUUGUUUGAAUUGGGAGGAAAUGCAGUAGUUUUAAAUGGUCUCAUACCUGCCAUUGAAGCCCUCUUUCCUUAUGCUGAACAUCGCUUUUGUGUUAGACAUAUUCUCACAAAUUAUAGGAAAAGAUUUAAAGGAAAGGCUCUUAAGGAUGCACUUUGGGCUUGUGCUAGAUCUACAUAUGUUGCUGCAUUUGAUAAGAGUUUGCUAGCUGUAAAGGAUAUCUCUGAGGGUGCAUAUGAUUAUUUGUUUCACAUAGUUCCUAGCAGAUGGACAAAGUCACACUUUCAAGAAAAAUUUAAAUGUGAUAUGCUUUUGAACAACCUAUGUGAAAGCUUUAACCAUGUGAUACUUGAAGCUAGAACUAAGGGGAUAAUAACUAUGAAUGAGAUGAUUAGGACAAAGUUGAUGGUUAGGAUUCACCAAAAAAGAGAUGCAAUGCUUAAGUUGAAGACCCCAUACUGUCCCAAGAUUCUAAAAAAGCUAGAAAAGGCAAGGCAAAUUAGUUGGUAUUAUAGAGGUGUAUUUGAUGGAGGUGAUACCUACCAGGUGUUUGGUUCUGAUGGGCAAUUUGUAGUUGACCUCAAAGAGAUGACUUGUGCUUGUAGGAGAUGGCAAUUGACAGGCAUACCCUGUCAUCAUGCCAUAGCAGCAAUGAAUGAGAACAAUGCCGUUCCAGAGACCUAUUUGCAUGAUUGCUACAAAGUGUCAACAUAUCUUAGAACAUAUACCCACCUGCUGAGCCCCAUUAAUGGGAAAGAAUUGUGGCCACAAAGUAAUGAUCCAGAGAUAAUACCUCCUGCCCCAGUUAAUUUUAGGAGAGGUAGGAAACAACUUUUAAGGAGACUGGAAGAGGAUGAGCAGGAAAGGCUAAGGCGUGGUUUGUCUAAAGGGGGUCAAGUAACUAGGAGGGGUCGUAUGAAGAAAUGCUCAUUGUGUGGUAAAAUGGGGCACAACAAGAGGAAGUGUGUGUAUGUAACUGGUGACACCUCUGUUCCUGCUGCAACUGGUGGCUCAUGUGCUCCUGCUGCAACUGGUGGCUCAUGUGCUCCUCCGGCAACUGGUGGCUCCUAUGGAUCUCAGCAUGAUGCAGCUCCUCCUGCAACUGGUGGCUCCUCUAGAUCUCAGGCUCAACAUGAUGCAGCUCCUUCUCAUUUUUCUGGAUCUCAGGCUCAACAUGAUGCAACUCCUUUUCCAUUUGCUGGAUCUCAGGCACAUCAUGAUGCAACUCCUUUUCAAUUUGCUGGAUCUCAGGCUCACCAUGAUGCAAUUGCUCUACUGGAUGUGGAGCUUGAUGAAGUUGUAAAUGCAAUUGCUGAUGCCAUGGAACAACAACCUACCACUAGACUAGAUGAGAUCCCAACUCAACAAAGUGUUUUAUUGAAUUGUACAAGAAACACAGAUCUGCCUGUUGAGACUUAUGCAUCGAGGCUUAGUCAAAGCCAAAAACCGCCUACCUUCAAACAACCAAGAAUUCACAAGCUUCCUGUGAGAAGAAAGUUAGAUCCAGCACCUGAACCACCUACCUUCAAGUUGCCAGAUCUGCAAACCAGAAGGUCUGCAUAUACUGCUUCAAGUGGCACCAAAACUGCAUCAAGUGGUGCUAAAACUGCUUCAAGUGCUACCAACACAGCUUCAAGUGCUACCAAAGGAAAAGAAAAGGUUCUAACUGGGACAAGAGGUGUUCAAACGAAAAGAAAAGCAUGGGUUCCACCAGGUCAAGUGGACAAAACCUUGAAGACAAGAGCCACAAAAGAUGCUUAAGGAGACAAGCUUUUUUGGGUGUGUGUGAGUAGUAUUAUUAUAACUCUAUUUUGUUUUAUUAGGAAUAUUAAUUUAUUGCAAUGGGGACCAAAGCAAUAGUUGGUGUGAGAGUAAUAAUUGAAACUCUCAUUUUUUGAUAGGAUGGUGGUAUGAGUAAAUGUUACAUACACCUCCUUUUUUGAAACAGCCAUGCUGAUGUAUGCUUAACUUUGAUUCUCUGAUGUAUGUUCUUCAAUUUGUUUUGCAAU